AUGGACUCUUCGAAGUCAACAGUGGUGCCGGCGAACGACGACCUGCCAUUAGCCCCGCCAAAGAAACGGAAGUUGAAGCAUCCACGCACUGCUCGAGCUUGUUUAUUCUGCCGGAGACGUAAAGUCAGAUGCACCGGUACGCAACCUUGCGACUACUGCCGCGCUGAAGGGGUACGAUGCGAGUAUGAUGAUGGUGUUGAAAGGGUUCGACCCGGGGCGCCAGCGAACUCGGCGUCACUGUCUCCUACAACGACAAGCCCGAUAGUUCACCACAGUUCGGGAUACCUCCCACGCACGGGAGACUACAGCGCUCUGACUCCUACGGGACAUCAACCUCUCCAGCGCACAGUUCUCUCAACAGAGAGUGCGCCUCGAUUGACGAGGAACAUAUCAACGGAGCCGCCUCAAACCUUUGCUGCAGGUCAACAUAUUGGCCCUACUGCCGGAGUGUCAUUUCUCUACCAUGUUUGGAAUCGAAGUGAGAUCAAUGAAGGAGAAGUCUUGCCGGCGGCUCCAUUGACCUGCUAUGGAGACAUGCCUCAGCCGGUAAUCCGGCAAGACCAACCUUUCCCUACCCAAGAAGAGGCAACCGCACUUUUGGAACGAUAUUUUCGAUUUGCAACACCCACGUAUCGCUUCCUCCAUCAGCCCACCCUCGAACGAUGGAUGUCACAAAUGAUCGCUGGCGCUCGUUUGCCGGUGGCGGAAGCUGCAUGCGCUUUGAUCGUAUGUGCACAGUCGCUACUGUACUCAGCCGAUGGUGAUAGAUACAAGGAUGGUGGUGACGAGGAGUUGGUCCGAAGCAGAUUCUACUUUGAAAAGGCCAAGUCCCUGCUCAACCAGGAACCUGGACCAGCCACGGUUGUCAGCGUACAGGCUCGACUUGCAAUGUGCUUAUACCUCCUGAGUUCUUUCCGCAUCAACGAAUCCCGCUUCUGUUUCAGUCUGGCCUGCACAAUCUUGACAUCCAUUGGGCUGCAUAGAAAGACUUUGGCGGCGCACAAGCUCGACCUGGUCACCUUGGAGUCACGUAAGCGAACGUUCUGGUGUGCUUAUGUGCUGGAUGAUUAUUUGAGCGUCAUGCUCGGCCGACCACGCACCCUCCGCGAUGAAGAGAUCGACCAGCCAUACCCUCGGAACAUUGACGAUCAAGAUCUCCUAUCGUCCGAGUCCCCGGAGGAAUUGCCCCAACAUGGGAACCUUGAGGGCUUUAUUGCUCAUGCGAAUCUGGCCAAAUUGAUGGCGCGAAAUAGCGACCUGCUCUACCCACUCCAGCCUUUGUCCGAGGAUCAGGUGUAUGAACGGACGGUGCUGAUGCUGGAGGCUCUGUACAGCUGGAGGGAUGGUCUACCUGACUUCCUCAAACCUCGGGAGAAGACGCUGGUAGGUCAACGUACAUUUGAGCGACAAAACACCAUUCUGAAGCUGGCAUAUGCUCACUUGCGUAUCCUGGUCACCCGACGUUGCUUGUUGAUGGAUUUCAGCCGGCUGGGUCGCAGUUCGCCAACGAGCGAGGAUGACAGAGCGCUCAAGCCGAUCCAGGAAUGUGCGAGCGCCAUCUGUGCCAUCCUCGAUACGAUUUACCAACUUAGUCAUAGAGGAUCGAUGUAUCAAGCAUUCUGGUUCACUCAUUAUGUUGCGCUCGUGGCCCUCUCAACCUUGUAUGUCUUCAUGAUCCAGAAUAGCCGCUCUUCGAUCCCGCAAGGCCUGUUUCCUGACAUCGACUCCUGUUUUGACAAAGCAAAAUACUGUCAGGCGCAGCUGGCUGCUCUGUCGCCGAAUGGAAGCCAGGCGCGUCGGCAUUAUAUUCUUCUCGACCGUCUCCGAAAGCGGGCAGAAAAGGACGCCGGUCGGUUGCAGCGAGACGGACACGGUCCUGCUAGCAUGGCACCUCCACCUCUGGCAACCAGUAUCUACGAGCAAACACCAGCAGUCUCUUCGGCCAUGGCCGAUCCCGAGAGGCCGACAAGAUACUCAGAACAGACAGACGAAUCAAUCGGCCGUCCUUUGCAUGGGCUUGACCAGUGGGCAACGACCAACCCUGAAGUCCCUGGUCGGGAUAUGAACGGUACAAUGGGACAGUUCACUCCGCUGAAGGAUGACUACAUGUCACAAAAUCUGCUUGGUUGGGGAUGGGAGAACCUUGAUACUGUCGGGUUCCCGGGCGAAGAAGACAUCUUUGGUUUCCAAGCUUGA